AUGCAUCUCCCCCGAUACCUGGCGGCAGCUCUGUCUGCCCUACCUACCUGCAGCGCCCUUCCCUCGCAGCAGCCCCGGGAUCCUUCCUCGACAAUCACCGUCGAUGCCCUCAACGCAUUUGAUUUCUGGGUGCAAUAUGCAGCUGCCGCCUACUGCGAGUCCAACUACAUCGCACAGGCGGGCCACAAGUUGGCCUGUUGGGCGGGCAAUUGUCCCCAGGUUGAGGCAGCCGAUGCGACUAUUCUGCUAGACUUCUCCAACACCACUGCAACAGAUACCGCCGGCUUCCUCGCCCUCGACCACGCGCACCAGGCCCUGAUCCUCUCUUUCCGAGGCUCGUAUUCCGUCCGAAACUGGCUAACGGACGCGACCUUCUUCUACGCCGACCCACAUCUCUGCACGGGCUGCCAGGCCGAGCUGGGGUUCUGGAGCGCCUGGACCAAUGUCCGAGCGAAUGUGACCGCAGCUCUCACCGACGCUCGUGCCUCAUACCCCGACUACGAACUAGUGGUGGUGGGCCACAGCCUGGGCGCGGCCAUCGCGACUCUCGCCGCCGCCGACCUGCGCGACCAGCAAAACGAGACGGCGACCCUCUACGCCUUCGCCUCGCCGCGCGUGGCCAACCCUGCUCUGGCCAAGCACAUCACCGCUCAGGACCAGCAAAAGGGCCAGGGGAAGAACUAUCGAUUCACGCACACAAACGACCCCGUGCCGAAUCUGCCGCUACAGCUGAUGGGGUACGCCCACGUCAGCCCCGAAUACCACAUCACCGCCCCGGAUAAUGCCACCGUCACGACGAGCCAGGUCGUUGUGUAUGCGGAUGGGGAUAGCAGCCAGGGAAACACGGGGCUGCUGGGGAUCCCGGAUUUGCUGGCCUUCGAUGCGCAUCAUUGGUAUUUUGAGCGGGCGGAUGCGUGUCUGGGGCCGGGGUUGCCGUUCAAAUGA